AUGGAUUGGUUUCUUGAAAAACUUCAUAUAUAUUCUAGCAUAGAUGAUGUGAGUUUAAUAGAAGAUAGUAAUGCAGAACAGUCUCAAAUAUAUUCACCAGAAUUCUUAAGAUCUUUAAAAAGUUUUGACCUUCCACCUGUCUAA